ACACAUAAUUUACGGCGCACUCACGCUAGGUUGAGCCGUCUGACUAAGAGCUCCAUAGAAUUUUUUUUGACAGCUUCACAGGUGAGACAAACCGUCCAGGGGCUGCUUCACUUUUUACCUUUCAGUUUUUCUCCCCGGAGCAUCUUUCUCUGUGAGCCUGGGGUUGCCACAGUCAAAAAACAACCACUCGAAGUCAAACCAUUCCGGCAGCAUGAGCAAAAAGAAAAAGGACUGGAAGAAUGAGAAAGAGAGACUGCUCCGUCUGGAUCGGGAGGAGAGACGCAAGGACUAUCGACGUCCAGAAUUCAUACCUCUGGACAAGAUUCCAACCUGGAGAGAGGAAAAUAAACCCGAUGACAAAGAGGAAGAGGAAGGGACGGAGCUGACGGGCGGAGGAGGAGGAGGAGGAGGAGGAGGAGGAGGGCUGACCGACAAAGUUUCUCUCUACAAAGGAGACAUCACCGUGCUGGAGGUGGACGCCAUCGUCAACGCUGGUAAGGAACCUACAAGCUCUUCAACCUUCUGCUGCUGCUGCUUGAAGGCAGCUCUGCUUUUGAAUUAUCCUUGGCUGCCCUCUGCUGCCGAGCUGAGGGAAGUGCACAAGUGAUGAUGAGUGACUGAA